AAUCACUCAUUCUGUCUGUAAGAUUUAAGGAAAUUAUACUGUAUGUACAUUUUUAAAAAUUGCUCUUACUUUUAGAAGCAACUUGGAGCUGCUUCGGAGUUUGUGGUGUGUGAGAAUAAAAAGCUUUUUUUUCUACACAGUGUAAUCAUAACACUUACCAAACAAUAGGAUUAUGACCAGAACCUCUUGUUUCCAGCUAGAGCUUGUGUGGUAGAGUACAGUUAUCUGAUCCUGAUUGCUGUAUAAGGUUUGAUCAUCAAUGCUACAGAGUACCUGCACAGUACUCAUUCUCUGGAGUCAGUAAACAACGCAGUGCCAACAGCUCGUGCUACAGUAUCUAGCUAAAGUUAUCUAUCCAGCUAAAAACAUCUGUAAUAUCACUUCACUGACAGUACAACUGUACACUGCAGCUUUAAUGUAAAAAUAAAUAGCCAACUGUUAGCUUAUGUCAAUGUCCAUAUCAUUUCUUUAUUAAAAAUGUUGAUUCCAUUCUGCUCUUUAUUUUCAUAGGAAGCACAAGCCACAGUUCUGAGAUCAGAAUUUUGCUAACAGGCUGUCAGUUUUAUGGAAAAAGCUCAACAGGAAACACAAUCCUGGCACAGGAAGCAUUUGUGGCAUUUCCAAAUAAGAGGAUGUCAAAGUGUGUAAAAAGUGAAGGCGACGUUCAAGGAAGGCACGUUACUGUAGUAGAUACUCCAGGACAAUGGAGAAUUCACCCAGUCAAGUACACUACUGAGCUUCGCAAGCAGGACCUGGUGCUUAGCGUAACUCAGUGUCCACCAGGACCCCACAUUUUGCUUGUGCUUGUCCGUUUAGACAUUUCAUUCUCUGAAAGGAACAAGAAGACAAUUGAGGGUCACUUCCAGCUUUUUGGUGAGAAUGUUUGGAGACACACCAUGGUACUGUUCACAUGUGGGGACUUUCUGGGAGAAACAACAAUUGAGCAGUUUAUUGAAAGUCAAGGGACAGCUCUGCAGUGGCUAGUGCAGAAAUGUAACAACAUGUACCACGUGUUCAACAACAACAAUAAGGAUGAUCGCUCUCAGGUUUCUGAGCUGCUUGAAAAGAUUGAUGAGGUUGUUGCUAGUAACAGUGGUGGCCAUUUUGAAAUGGACCAGAAGAUUUUGCAGGAGGUCCAAAUGAAGAGGAAGAUGGCAGAAGGCAAAGCUAAAGAGAGGAGACUGAUGGCAGAAGACAGAGCUAAAGAGAGAAGACUGAUGGAAGAAGACAAAGCUAAAGAGAGGAGACUGAUGGCAGAAGACAAAGCUAAAGAGAGGAGACUGAUGGCAGAAGACAAAGCUAAAGAGAGGAGACUGGUGGCAGAAAAGGCAGAAAGAGGAUCAACUAGUUCAGUAUCUGAAAAAGGAGCCUCGCCUAGUGAUCCUGAGGUCAACAUUGUAUUAAUUGGUUAUAGAAAAGCUGGAAAGACCACAACUGGAAACAUUAUGUUAGGCAGAAACCUUUUUUCCAGACAAAAGACUUUUCAAAGUGAGCAGCAACAUGGACAAGUAGCAGGAAGACAUGUAGCUGUAGUAGACACUCCAGGCUGGGACUGGGUCCAUGAUAUGGAGGAAACAUCCGAGCUUGCCUGGCAGAUAGUGCAGAGUGUUCACACUCAUUGUUCCAAAGUCGUACCUGUUGUUUUCCUUUUGUUUGUACGAGCAGCUUUUUCCUUCAAAGAGGCAAACAGAUGCAUUGCUGAAGAAUAUCUGCAACUUCUUGGUGACUGUGUCUGGAAUCACACCAUAGUGCUGUUCACUACUGGGGCCUGGAUAGAAGACAUAGACAUAGAACUGCACAUUGAGAGUGAAGGGGAUGCACUGCAGUGGCUUGUAGAUAAAUGUGGGAACAGAUACCAUGUUAUGGACACUAAAGGAAAAAAAGCAGCUGUACAAGUCCCUGAACUGAUGAGAAAGAUUGAACAAGUAGUGGCAAAUAACAAGAGCUGUCCUUUUCAGUUAGACAAAGAAAUCUGUGAGAAAUUUGAGAACCAAUGUUCCAUUGUCAGCAAUCAAACCUCACAAAGUAUGUUACAUGUCAGAAAGGAACGUGGCAGCAUGAGCUCGCUUCCACCUCACAUGGAGGAUGGUAAUGAUGAUAAGAGCUCUGGAUAUGGCUCAUAUCAAUCUAUGCAGCACGAGACUUCAUCUACUCCACCAUUAAGGGAUAGGUCACGCUCCAAGAGGGGUAGCUCACGCUCAACAACUUCACUUCAGUAAGAGCAGAACUAUGAGAGAUUCUCAGACUAGACUCUGUCUAUUCCCAUCCACUCUAAAGCAGAUCCUGACACACCAGUUUCUAUAAGAGAACAAGCAGAAGACAAGAGGCUGAAAACUGAGUUACAGAAAACAUAAAAUUAAGUGUACAUAAA